AGUUUUAAAGGAGAUAUAAAAGACGUGAUGGUGUGAAACAGAUGUUUGGUAGAAGUUCUGCUUGAUUUACAUCUGGCAUCUGUUUAAAUUUGAGGAGCACAUCAUCAUCAACUUAUAUUUCUGACAGACUUUUUGGCUUUGGUGUUAAGAAUCAUUUAAGUCAUAUUUCUCGUCAUGAGUCUGGGAAAGCUGCCGGCGAUCAAAGGCCUGGUGUCCACGUCUCACGGCAAACGGCGGUUUAAGAGCGACCUGUCGGUGGACAUGAUCAGUCCGCCGCUCGGCGACUUCCGCCACACCAUGCACGUGGGCCGUGGCGGGGACGUCUUCGGUGACACUUCGUUUCUGAGCAACUACGGCGGAUCAAGUAACAGCGAUGGGAUACGGUACCCGGAUUCGCCCCCCGGCUCCAAACCGACGAGCUUUUUGUCACGAACACUGCAGCAUGUGAGAAAGACUCCUCUGCCCCGGCUGAGAGGAGGGUCACGUGACUUCUCGUCCCCUCCGCCGCCCAUCUCGCCCAUCAUUAAAAACGCCAUCUCUCUGCCUCAGCUGAACAUGAACGACGGCGGCCUGAUGAGGGCGCUGCUGCGCACCUCCACCAGCUCACCGGACGCACCGCUCUGCUCCUACGGUACCAACACAGACACCAAACUUAUCAAUUAUAUUUAUC